CCCAACACUUUGACACAGAGAAACGGAUAAGUCUCUCUUCCUCUUCCACACUCACUUCUUUCCAAGCUCCGUCCCCCUCCUGUCUGAACUAUCAAGAUGUUCGGGAGCUUGAGAAUUCAUGGACCGCCUCAUCCUUCUCCAUUAUCCCGAUUCUCAACCUCAAAUCCAUGCAAACUUCCCGUCUCCUCUACCCACUCUUCUCUCCGUCACCGUUCUACAAACACUUUGGUUCUUCCUUCUUUCUUUGCUCUCCUUCCGAUAAAAAGAAAAAAUUAUAGGAAGUUCAACUUUCAGUGUUCCGUCAAGUUGGAGGAACUUGAAUCCGCUAGCGAGGGAUCACAAUCUCCACAGCCUAUUUCUGUCAAAAUUCCAUAUGGCGAUAGAGAGAUAUUGAUUGAAACUGGUCAUAUGGGUAGACAAGCCAGUGGUGCCGUUGUGGUUACAGAUGGUGAAACUAUUGUGUAUACAACUGUUUGUUUAGCUGAUGUUGCAAGUGAGCCUUCAGAUUUCUUCCCUCUCUAUGUAAAUUAUCAAGAGCGCUUUUCUGCUGCUGGUCGUACCAGUGGGGGUUUUUUCAAGAGAGAAGGGAAAACUAAAGAUAAUGAGGUUCUCAUCUGUAGACUGAUUGACAGGCCUUUACGCCCUACUAUGGUCAAGGGAUUCUACCAUGAAACGCAAAUUUUAUCUUGGGUGUUGAGCUAUGAUGGUUUACAUUCUCCAGAUUCAUUAGCAGUGACUGCAGCUGGAAUUGCAGUUGCGCUGUCGGAGGUACCAAAUACAAAAGCGAUUGCUGCAGUUCGAGUUGGUCUUAUAAAUGGUCAAUUUAUUGUGAAUCCAACAACCAAAGAGAUGGAUCAAUCAGAGUUGGAUAUGCUCUUAUCUGGCACUGACAGUGCAAUAUUGAUGAUAGAGGGUUAUUGCAAUUUCCUCCCUGAAGAGAAGCUGUUGCAAGCAGUUGAAGUUGGACAGGCUGCAGUUAGAGCAAUCUGCAUUGAAGUGGAGGCCUUUGCAAGGAAGUAUGGGAAAACCAAAAUGCAUGAUGCAAUUAAAUUACCUCCCCGGGACUUGUAUAAAUAUGUGGAAGAUAUUGCAGGUGAUGAGUUGGCUAAAGCGAUACAAAUUAAGAGCAAAAUACCUAGAAGAAAAGCUCUGUCACUACUUGAAGAUAAAGUGUUGUCUAUACUUACUGAAAAGGGUUAUGUUGCUAAGGAUGAUGUUUUAGGAGGUGUCGAAAUGACUCCUGAUCCACUUGAGGAUGAAGAUGAGGAUGAAGAAAUUGUUGUUGAUGGUGAAGUGGAUGAAGGUGAUGUACAUAUCAAGCCGACCUUACGAAGACCUACUCCCUUGCUUUUCUCUGAGGUAGAUGUGAAGAUUGUAUUCAAAGAAGUUACAUCAAAGUACCUACGCCGACGCAUUGUGGAGGGAGGGAAAAGAAGUGAUGGACGAACUCCUUGCGAGAUACGCCCAAUCAACUCAAGUUGUGGAUUACUUCCUAGAGCUCAUGGGAGUACUCUAUUUACUCGCGGAGAAACUCAGUCCCUUGCAGUUGUGACACUUGGGGAUAAGCAAAUGGCACAGAGAAUAGACAACCUCGAGGGUACAGAUGAAUUCAAGAAAUUUUAUCUUCAGUACUCCUUCCCCCCAUCAUGUGUUGGUGAAGUUGGACGCAUCGGAGCACCUAGUAGAAGAGAAAUUGGCCAUGGGACACUUGCAGAGAGAGCUCUUGGACCUAUUUUACCUUUAGAUGAUGAUUUUCCUUACACUGUACGUGUGGAAAGUACCAUAACUGAAAGCAAUGGCUCUUCAAGUAUGGCAUCUGUUUGUGGGGGAUGUUUAGCAUUACAAGAUGCUGGUGUUCCUAUAAAAAGCUCUAUUGCGGGUAUUGCAAUGGGUAUGGUUUUGGAUACUAAAGAAUUUGGAGGUGAUGGAACUCCACUAAUUCUCUCUGAUAUAACUGGAUCUGAAGAUGCAGCUGGAGAUAUGGAUUUCAAGGUUGCUGGAAAUGAAGAUGGUAUAACUGCAUUUCAGAUGGAUAUUAAGGUUGGAGGAAUUACUUUACCCAUCAUGGAACAAGCACUCUUACAAGCAAGAGAUGGUAGAAAGCAUAUUCUUGGUGAGAUGUUGAAGUGCUCACCUGCGCCUUCUAGAAAGCUCUCCUUGUAUGCUCCAUUGAUUCUCGUUAUGAAGGUCAAACCAGAAAAGAUCAACCUUAUUAUUGGCGCUGGCGGAAAAAAGGUUAAAAGUAUUAUUGAAGAAACGGGAGUAGACUCCAUUGAAACAGGAGAUGAUGGACUAGUGAAGAUCACAGCAAAGGAUGCUGCGAGCCUUGAGAAAUCAAAAGCCAUUAUUAGCAGACUAACAAUGGUUCCAAAUAUUGGUGAUAUUUUCAGGAAUUGUGAGAUUAAAUCUGUUACUACUUAUGGAGCUUUUGUUGAGAUUGCACCUGGAUGUGAGGGGCUUUGCCAUAUUAGUGAACUGAGCGCAAGUUGGCUGGCAAAGACGGAAGAUGCUUUCAAAGUUGGGGAUCGUGUUGAUGUCAAACUUAUCGAGAUAAAUGAUAAGGGACAACUUCGCCUAAGCCGCCGGGCUCUUCUUCCAGAGGCAUCUUCUGAAGAUCCUAAAGAAGUUUCAAGUGAGAGUUCUCCUGAACAAUCCCCAAUAAAAACUAGUCGCGUCAAGAAAUUGGUUAAUCCUGUAAAGGAUGGAGGAGCUGUAAUAGCCAAAGAUAGGGGGUUUAGGAAGAGCAGCAGUAAGUCUUCCAUGUUGGGUUCUUCGUCAAAACCUUCUUCUACUGCCAUGAAUGGAGAGGUGACAGUCGGAUCAUAAGUAUCUUUUCUACACAAUAGUUAAAGUAAUUACUUACAAUAUUGGAAGGAAGAAUGUUAGCAACACAGAAAUGGAAUCGAGCUUUCUGAAAUCACCUUGUCAAG